AUGGCCUUGAUCGGUGUGCCAGCAGCCGUUGACGACGACGUCGUCGUAAAGGAGCUGAUCACCACACCUCCGACAGGGCCAGGUGCCCUUGAUUCGUUUCCUACCACCUUCAUCCGCGAAUUGAAAACGAACGGGACAGCAUCUGGUGAUGAGCCGACUGAUGGUGCAACACCAGCUACGUCCACGAACGGCUUACUCGGUAGCCACUCGGAGACAACGAAGAAGACGAGCCGUGAAAGGCACGUAGUCCCGCUGAUGAACAUCCCGGGAUAUAGUGUCCAGCGGAAGUUGCGCGUGAUCACGAUUGGCGCCGGCUUCUCUGGACUCAUGUUCGCCCACAAGAUCCGUUAUGAACACCCAGAAAUGCAGAACAUAGUGACAAACACAAUCUUUGAAGCACGCUCCGAGGUUGGCGGCACAUGGCUGGUAAACACCUAUCCAGGUGUUCAGUGCGACGUGCCGUCCCAUAUAUAUGCGUUCCCGUUCGACCCGAAUCCGAACUGGGACCGUUUCUACUCAUCCGGAGCCGAAAUCCACGAAUAUAUGGUGAAGACGGUCAAGAAGUGGAACCUUGAUCGCGACGUUCAACUCAACACUAAGGUUACCGGAGUCUUCUGGCAGCAAGAUCUAGGACAAUGGAAGGUAACGGUGGAAUGUAACAGUGUACAAAGAGAUGAAUACGCUGAGAUCCUCAUUUCAGCCCAAGGCUUUCUGAAUGCGUGGGACUGGCCAGAUAUCUAUGGGUUGAGCAAGUUCAAGGGCCACAAAGUGCACUCCGCUAAUUGGGAUCACUCGUACGAUUAUUCAAAGAAACGAAUCGCGAUCAUUGGCAACGGAUCCUCUGGAAUUCAAAUUUUACCCAAGCUUGCCCAGCUCGAGGGUACCGAUGUGCUCAGCAUUCAAAGGGGUCCCAGCUGGAUCGUGGCUAGGAUGGACCCAGGCAAACUUCUGGGAAAAUCCGGCCUGGGCAGCAAUCCUGAGUACACCGAAGAAGAUAAGAAACUCUUCCGCGAAAAUCCUGAGGCGCUUCACCAGUACCGGAAAAAGCUGAUACAUUCGGUGAAUAAAGCGUUUAAAAUGUUCGUCAAAGGUUCUCCAGAGAAUAUUGAUAAUCAAGAGUUUGCGGCACGGCAAAUGGCGGAGAAGUUAAACAACGACCCAGGACUGUGCGCAAAGUUGAUACCAACAUGGGAAUUGGGCUGUCGACGAGUAACUCCCGGUUCAGGAUAUCUUGAAUCGUUCCUGCUGCCGAAUGUUCACCUCAAACAGACUUCUAUUAAAGAGAUCACGGAAGACUCAAUCGUCACAGCAGAUGGCGAAGUCUAUCCUGUUGACGUUGUUGUUUGUGCCACUGGAUUUGAUGUGUCUCACUGUCCUCAUUACCCUGUCAUUGGCCGCGACGGGGUCAGUCUGGCCGCUAAAUGGGCCGAUGAACCAGAGUCAUACCUGUCCGUCGCUUGCCCGGACUUUCCCAAUUAUUUUAUCUUCACGGGUCCGAAUGCUGUUGUGGGUCACGGCUCAUUGAUCGAGGGACUAAGUUGGACGGCUGAUUAUAUGAUUAAGUGGCUGAAGAAGAUAGCUAACGAAGAUAUCCGGUCGGUUGAGCCGAAGCAAAGUGCUGUGGAUGACUUUGUGACGUAUGGAGACGAGAUCCAUAAGACAUUGACAUGGACUGGCCAGUGUCGGAGUUGGUAUAAGAAGAACCGUGUCGAUGGGAGGGUCACGGCUACAUUUCCUGGGAGCGCAUUGCUGUAUAAGCGGAUGAUUUCGGAUAUCCGAGGAGAAGACUGGAACAUUGAAUACAACUCUCCGAACCGAUUUAGGUUCAUGGGCAAUGGGUUCACGGAAUACGAGCUGGACGAGACGAAUGAUCUGGCGUGGUAUGUAAGCAAGUGA